ACGGUGACCGCAGAUAAUGAGGACGAAAUGGUUGCCAUCAAUGAUGAGGCGGAUGUGGAUUCCGGUGACGACAAGGAAGAGGUGUCUAAAUUAAAGCUGAAGGGCUCUUACCGUCAGAAGUAUAAGAGGGCCUGGGAGUUGGACAACGAGCUCAGGGAUGAGUUGAGAAACGAUAACAAAACAAGAUUAACCGAAAAUCGUAUCAAUAAUUUGGACACAAAGUAUUUGUUAAAAGACUGGUUGUCUCCGUUCACGGGUGACCCGUAUUCAGCGUUUUGCAGGACCUGUCACUCAAAACUUCACGCCCACAAGAAGGGACUCUUAGCCCACGCGAAGUCAUCCAAACAUAAGAAACACUCAUUGAAUCCAGAGGAACCAUUGAAUACAGAGACCGGAGAAGUAGUUUUGUUUAAGAAAAUCAAGAAA